UGCUCCGUGCGCUCCGGGGCGGAGCGAGGUUGGCCGGCUGCAGCCAGAGCUGGUCCCGGGCGGCCCCCCGCUGGAUGUCGGGGCUCAGGGCGUUGCUGGGACUCGGCCUGCUGGUCUCGUCGGGCUCCCGGCUGGUGGCGGCGGCGGGCGGGGGGCGCUGCCCGGUCCCGCGGUGGCCUCCUGCGGCGGCGGGGGCCUGGGGCAGGGGCGCAGGCCGGGGGCGCAGCAGCAGCGCCAUGCAGAACCCGGGGCGCAGCGGGCUCAAGUACCUCAGCCAGGAGGAAGCCCAAGCCAUCGAUCAAGAGCUCUUCACGGAGUACAAGUUCAGCGUCGACCAACUCAUGGAGCUGGCGGGGCUGAGCUGUGCAACGGCCAUUGCCAAGGCCUACCCGCCCAGCUCCUUCACCCAAAGCCCGCCCACGGUGCUGAUCGUCUGUGGCCCGGGGAAUAACGGAGGGGACGGCUUGGUCUGUGCCAGGCACCUGAAAAUGUUUGGCUACGAGCCGACUGUGUAUUACCCCAAGCGGCCUGGUAAAGCUCUGUUUGAAGGGUUGACGACUCAGUGCCAGAAGAUGGACAUUCCCUUACUCUCGGAGUUCCCAUCGGAGGCCAUGCUGAUUGAUGAGCUGUAUGGCUUGGUGGUGGAUGCUAUUUUCGGGUUCAGUUUCAAGGGAGCUGUGCGGGAACCUUUCGGCAGCAUCCUCAGGACCUUGGAGCAAGUCACCGUACCCAUCGCCAGCAUCGACAUCCCCUCCGGCUGGGACGUGGAGAAAGGCAACCCGGACAGCAUCCAGCCCGACAUGCUCAUUUCUCUCACCGCCCCCAAGAAGGCCGCGCAGCAUUUUGCUGGCCGCUAUCACUUCCUGGGGGGCAGGUUUGUGCCAAUGGCUCUGCAGCAAAAAUACUCGCUUAAUCUGCCGCCGUACCCCGAGACUGACUGCGUCCUGCAGUUACCCUAGCAGGGGCCAGGCAGGAUUGGCGUUAUCCAAAACCUGAAUGAGAGGCGGGGAUUUGAUUGUGAAGCAGAGACGAGUCCUGCCCAGUAUUUGACUGAAUCAAGUAGGUGCGGGGGGGGGCAUUGCUGGUUAGUAGGGGAGGGGCCUAGCUGUGCGGAAGGCCCCUCCCCUACUAAAGCAGGGCCUGGUUCUGCAAAGUGCCUUUGACAUGCACUGAUCUCACAGGUUGGGGGCGCUCAGCACCUUGUUUGGUGCUAGGAAGUCCCUGGCAUAGCUCUGCCUGGCGCAUGUGAAGUCAGCUGUGGUCGGCCCAUGGGCACUGGGGAUUGUGCUUGGUCUGACCCAGUGCCCUUUGCAGUCAGUGGGAGGCUUUCCACGGGCUUUGGAUCAGAACCGAAGGGUUAAAGUUCAUUAAAGGGGGGGUUGUAUUUGUUGGGAGUUACACAGGGGUCUAGAAGCGGAGCUACACACGGAAGGGCCUGCGUUCCACGGGCUUUACAGCUGUAGCCGCUUCUGAUGUGUGUAAAAAAUCCACCUUGUUUUUUCUCUGCAAUAAAAAUUUAUUGACACUAAAAA